AUGUCGUCCUCCCGCCCGUCUUCCCCGGCUCAGGUCCUCCCCUUGACGGAGAAGCCUGCAAGCGCGAGUUACUCAUUACACCCAGCCUUCUACAUUGGCGCCUGGAUCUUCUUCUCAAACUCGACGAUCCUGUUCAACAAAUGGCUUCUUGACAUGGCAGGCUUCACUGUCAUUCUUACUUGCUGGCAUCUCAUUUUUGCCACUGUCGCAACACAGAUUCUCGCGCGCACGACGACUCUUCUCGACAACCGCCACCAGGUCAAGAUGACUGGCCGCACGUAUCUCCGUGCCGUUGUGCCCAUCGGCUUGUUAUACUCUGGAUCUCUCGUCUGCUCAAACUUGGUCUACAUGUAUCUCUCCGUCGCCUUCAUCCAGAUGCUCAAGGCUGGUGCCCCCGUGGCCGUUCUUUUCGCAUCCUGGGCUUUUGGCGUCGCCGAUCCUGAUCUGAACACGCUCUACAACAUUCUCUUCAUCGUGGCCGGCGUUGCCCUUGCCUCUCUGGGAGAGAUCGAGUUCUCGAUCGUCGGCUUCAUGUUCCAGGUUGCCGGCAUUGUCUUCGAGGCUGUCCGUCUUGUCAUGAUCCAGGUCCUGCUGAAGGGUGAUGAGUCUGCUCAGAAGAUGGACCCUCUGGUCAGCCUGUACUACUACGCUCCCGUCUGCGCCGUCACCAACUUUUUCGUCGCCGCCAUUGCCGAGUUCCACCGAUUUGAAUAUGCCGAUUUCGAGAAGACCGGCUUCAUCAUUCUCAUCCUCAACGCCAGCGUGGCUUUCGGCCUCAACGUCGCCAGUGUCUUCCUCAUCGGCAAGACGUCUUCACUCGUCAUGACCCUGACUGGAAUUUUGAAGAACAUUCUCCUCAUUGGCGUUUCCGUUCUCAUCUGGAACACGUCGGUUUCCGCCAUGCAGUGCUUCGGCUACCUUCUCGCCCUCUUCGGCCUCGUCGUUUACUCUACCGGCCUUGACCAACUGAAGACGCACACUGCCAACACAUUGAUCUGGGCUCGCAAUGCCGCUACGCAAGGGGGCGAUGACGGCCGUCUCUCGCCGCUCGUGCGCCGCACGCUUGUCAUUGCCGUUGUCGCCUUCGUUUUCGUCGCCCUUGUCAUGGGCUACAUGUACGGUGGCUCGCGCGACUUCCUCGUGGCUGGCGCCGCCGCGGCCCAAGACGGAGCUGGCGGACAGUAG